UCCCACUACCCCAGCCCAUAUCUGCAACCCUCCACAUAUCCGAGCUCAACAACGAAAUAGCGUUCCGGAUACGCGCUGUUGAAAGCUUGUCAUCCUCAGCAACAAAGCGUGCUGAUCGGGUAUCGGCUAUUCACGUGUCCGCGCAGGAUCGGAAGUUACUGUGGCCUGAUGUUCUUCUACACGCGACAUCUGUAGAGAAAGUGCUAGAACGUGAAGCUCCCAACGCAGCUUCAUUGUCAGCGACUGUGAUUCGCAGUGCGCACAUCCAAACCUCGUCGCCCCUCGUUCGCUAUCGCUAUCACCCCCGAACCCACAUACGAUCGCACACAGCCAUAGGAGGCUACACCAACCUCGCUCUUUCGGUGGCGCAUACCACCUCUCUCACGACCGCUGGUAGCAUACUCGUGGUCUAGGCAGCCGCCAUGGCGACCCAGAAGAGAGAUGCGAAGGGCAAGAAGCUCGCUGUCAUGAACAAAUAUGUUUACGACGCCUUCUUGUGGACGUUCUCGAUCCUGGUGGAGCUCUUCUUCCGAGAAGUGCAUCCCAGGAGUAGUUGGAAGGUGCCAAAGGAGGGACCGGUCAUUUUCGUGUGCGCCCCGCAUGCGAACCAGUUUGUUGACCCCCUCAUGUUGAUGCGAGUUGUCAAGAAAGAAUCCGACCGCCGAAUCCAGUUCCUAAUCGCCGAUAAGUCGAUGAAGCGCAAGUUCGUGGGUGCAAUGGCAGGUUUGACAGGUGUCGUGCCGGUAGGAAGAGCCAUGGAUAUGACGAAGCCUGCAGAGGGCAAAGUGUACCUCCCCGAUCCCAUCAACGAUCCGACCCUUGUUCGCGGUGUAGGCACCAACUUCGAAGACCCAAAGUUCCAAGUCGGCGGCUCGAUCGUAUUGCCCAAAGUAGAUAACAAGGCGGCGACCGCUGAGAUACUCGAGAUCAAAGGCCCCGAAGAGAUCAGAUUAAAGCGUGGCUUCAAGGGAGGUGUUGCCAUGCAGCAGAUGACUGGGCGAAAUGACAUGACCAAGGACGGCACAUUUGUUGGCGGAGCCGAUGCAAAGAAGGGUAUUGCUGAUGGUUACGAGGGAACUCCCUUCCAGGUUGCGCCCAAACUCGAUCAAACGGAGGUUUACGACGCGGUUCAUGCGGUUCUCCAUCACGGUGGAAGCAUCGGUAUCUUCCCUGAGGGUGGUAGCCACGACCGCACAGAUCUCCUACCUCUAAAAGCUGGUGUUGCUAUCAUGGCGCUCGGUACAGUUGCAACGAAGCCAGACUGCAACUUGAACAUCAUUCCCGUUGGUAUGAACUACUUCCACGCUCACAAGUUUCGAUCAAGGGCUGUCAUCGAGUUUGGUACGCCAAUCCAUGUGCCACCUGAGCUAGCUCAGAAGUUUGAUGGACCUGGAAGACGUGAGGCCAUCGGCGAGAUGUUGGAGACCAUUCGCCAAGGACUCAUCUCUGUUACCGUUACGACACCAGAUUACGAUACUCUUAUGGUCAUCCAAGCUGUACGCCGCCUCUACAACUCCAAAGGCACCAAGCUCCCUCUUCCUAGGAUUGUCGAGCUUAACCGCCGCCUUGUCCAAGGUUACGAACGCUACAAAGACGACCCUCGCAUUGUCGAGCUCAAGAAGGAGGUCACCACGUACAACGGCAAGCUUAAGGCGCUCGGCCUCCGGGAUCACCAAGUGCAGUAUGCGAAGAUGCAUCCUAUUACGGCAUUCGGCCUGUUCUUCUAUCGUCUUGGAAAGCUUCUCUUCCUGAGUAUGCUUGUCCUUCCUGGAACGCUACUCUUUAGUUUGGUCUUUAUCGUCACCAAGGUCGUCUCGAUCAAGAAGGCGAAAGAGGCACUCGCCGCAUCGAACGUCAAAGUUCAAGCCAGAGAUGUCAUGGCCACAUGGAAGCUUCUCGUCGCCAUGGCUGCCGCCCCAGCAGCCUACCUUUGGUACGUUUGCCUAGGACUCUAUUGGUACUCCUACAACAACUGCAACGGUUACCUUCCUGCCGGCAUCCAGAAGCGUUGGCUCAUUCUUCCUCAACUCGUUGUCUAUAUUACCCUCACAUAUGGCGCUCUUCGAUUCGGUGAGGUCGCCAUGGACAUUUUGAAGUCACUGGGCCCCCUCUGGAAGAUGAUGAAUCCCUUCUCCAACAGCGAACUCGUCAAGCUACAGGAGCGACGCGAGAAUCUAGCCCAACGUGUCAAUGACAUUAUCAACGAACUCGGUCCGGAGAUGUACGAGGACUUCCACUCCAAGCGUAUCGUCGAGGAUCCUUUUGUCAAGCAGGAGCACGACCGUACACCACCGCAAAAGUCAGACGAGGACGCGAAGACAGAAGCAGGCCAAGACAUCGAGACAUACGAUUACCCUGCUUCACCUGGUUCCAUUAACGAGAUACCGCGCAACGAGUCGUUCCACGAUCUUGCCAACCAAGACUUCUUUUCUAGUCGACCGCAGACACCAAAGAAGAGCCGCAGCAGGAAUAGCAGUAGUGCGAACUUGAGCGGCUUCCAGCUCAAGCCUUUCAGUACCAUUGAUGGCAAUCUGGACGAGGUGAAGAGGAGGUUGACGGACGGUGUCAAGCAAAGGACGAGGAAGAGGAGGAGUAGCGGAGAGGGAAGCUGGGACGACGGUGAGGAUGGUGAAGAGUUGACCAUUGGCAGGAAAGACAGGUCGUAUACCAAGUAGUUUUCAGAGGCGAUGACAGUAGUUGGCGGGAGCGGUAUGUUGGUUUUGCUUGUGCUUUAGUACUAAAGAUACCACUUUCCUUUCUUCCAGUUGGUUGAAAUUGGACUUGUUAUGCAUGAAUACGAUUUGCUUGCUAUGCUAAGUACUUUCCAAAGGUCAUCGCUUGUACAUGUCACCCUGCCUACAAAUAUGCCCCGAAUCAAUAAAUAAACUUACAUGGAUA